UUUUUCCUACUUUACCUUUGACAGUCCUUGAGUGGCACUCUGGAUUCUUCAUCUCCCCAUGAAUAAACUGUAUUCCAGAAGGGAAACCAGCUUCUGGAAGACAAGCUGCUUCUGAUAGAUAACAAAACAAGAAGAAGGAAAAAAAAAUAGAGAAACCCAAAAGAAAAAGGUGGCCACCAUGCAGGUGUCUUUUGUGUGUUCAGAACAUAGCCUGAAGGGCCGAGGUGCUGAAGACCGACUUGGUCGGCAGAAUGCCGGCAGCCCCAGCCUGGGCACCAGGAGCAAGUUCCGGGCAGUGGCCAUGGUGGCCCGGAGCCUGGGACAGCUGUCUGUGCACAACGUUCCUCCAUCCAGCGACCCCAACAUGAAGCAGCCUGGGAUGAAAUAUAGGAAUCUAGGAAAGUCCGGAUUGCGUGUCUCCUGCCUGGGUCUCGGAACAUGGGUGACCUUUGGAGGCCAGAUCACCGAUGAGAUGGCAGAACAGCUGAUGACCUUGGCUUAUGAUAACGGAAUCAACCUGUUUGAUACAGCCGAAGUCUAUGCUGCUGGAAAAGCUGAAGUCGUACUGGGAAAUAUCAUUAAGAAGAAGGGAUGGAGACGAUCUAGCCUGGUCAUUACAACCAAAAUCUUCUGGGGAGGAAAAGCAGAGACUGAGAGAGGCCUAUCCAGAAAACACAUAAUAGAAGGUCUGAAAGCCUCUUUGGAGCGGCUACAGUUAGAGUACGUGGACGUGGUAUUUGCCAACAGACCCGACCCUAACACUCCUAUGGAAGAGACCGUCCGAGCCAUGACGCACGUCAUCAACCAAGGAAUGGCCAUGUACUGGGGUACAUCCCGCUGGAGCUCCAUGGAGAUAAUGGAGGCCUAUUCAGUGGCUCGGCAAUUUAACCUAAUCCCACCAAUCUGCGAACAAGCAGAAUAUCACAUGUUCCAGAGGGAGAAGGUGGAGGUGCAGCUCCCAGAGUUAUUCCACAAGAUAGGUGUGGGCGCAAUGACCUGGUCCCCUCUCGCAUGUGGAAUUGUUUCUGGAAAAUAUGACAGUGGGAUUCCGCCCUAUUCAAGGGCCUCACUGAAGGGUUGGAGAUGGGGAACAAAAGAAAAGACACAAGAUGGCUAACAAGAAGAUGGCAGGGCGGAGAGAGUGCCUGUUACGGAACUUUCUCCUCUUCCCCUUUGGUGUCCCCCAGCCUGGUGUCUGCGGAACGAGGGCGUCAGCUCCGUGUUGCUGGGAGCUUCUAACGCGGACCAGCUAAUGGAGAACAUCGGUGCGAUACAGGUUCUUCCCAAAUUGUCGUCUUCCAUCAUCCAUGAGAUUGAUAGUAUUUUGGGCAAUAAACCCUACAGCAAAAAGGAUUACCGAUCCUAACCCUCCCUUCGUCCCUCCCUUCCCACCCGGACCUGCUUGGACAUUACUUUUCCCCUCCUACCUAGUCUCCUGUUCGUUUGCUUAAGCUGUUACUGAAGCAAGGCAAUGUGCUUUUGCAUCCAAGAAUACGUGUCGAGAUGUCGCAGGGAAGAUCUUCCAGAUGUUGCUGUGAGACCACAUAACGCUGCUUUACUAUAAUAAAGUUUAUUUCGUGCUCAAGAAACGGUCCAGGUGAGGAAGGCUCCCCCAGCGUGCU